AAGGAAAUCCAAAAAAAGUGUCAACUGUCAAGUAACAACUGUCAAACGUCAUAACCAAUAAACAAAAUAAAUAUUAUGUAAACAAAUAAUAAAUAAAAAUGCCUGGUAGAAUUAAAAGCUUAUUAAGCGAACGGGUUAUAGAGCAUUUAAGAAAAAGCGGUUUAAAUCACCCACAGGCUUCCAUAGCACCUUUUAUACAAAUAGGUGCUUACAAAAACAACUGUAUAGAGCUCCAAAUACCUUUAAAUAAACUUCAGCAUCAAAAUUUUGAUAAUUUUGCCAAAACCGAUUUGUUUUAUGAUGUGCAUAUAAACACACAAGUGAAAUAUCCUUAUGUGUGCUUCAAAACAAGCACUAAAGACUUUAUAAAACACACAUUAAACCUGCAGUCUCAAUUAUACCUCCGCAAGCCUAAAACAGGUAUAAAAACUCUAGUCGAGUUCAGUUCUCCCAAUAUAGCAAAACCUUUCCACGUGGGGCACUUAAGGUCUACGAUAAUAGGAAGCUUUAUAGCAAAUUUGAAAAGUUUUUUGGGGCACGAUGUGAUACGGUUGAACUAUUUAGGUGACUGGGGCACUCAGUUCGUUUCCUUAAACUCGGUGUGGACUUAUUGA